AUGCCGAUCGAUUACUACUAUCCGCUCAAAUGGCUCGGAAUGAACACUACGCGUGCUGGAGUGAACCUUGCCGAGCUCAUCUUUUCUCGGCCACCACAUCCGACGCCGAAUCUAGAGUUGUCUUACAUCCCGACCACCGACCCUCGCCACAAACCACGAGCGAUGCACGUGUACUUACCGGAGAAACAUGUCGCGUAUUCUGGUCGCCUUCCUGUACAUGUCACCAUACAUGGCAGCGGCUUCUGCAUGAACACGUUCGGAAAACAGGAUCAAGAGUUUUGUGCAUGGUUGGCGAACUCGGCGCCCUGUGUUGUGGUUGAUAUCGAUCAUCGAAAGGCGCCUGAAGCGCCUUGGCCCGCCGGUCCUGACGAUGUGCGGGACGCCCUCAGAACAGUCCGCGAGCUCGCUCACGGUCAUGGCUGGGACGCCGAGCGCUUGUCCAUAGGCGGCUUUUCUAGUGGUGGCUGUUUGGCCAUGGUUGAGGCAACACGCCCUCGCGACGACGACGAGCCUCCGGUAGUAGCUUGCGUGGCCUUCUAUCCGUCUACAAAUCUUGCAGAGGCUCCAUACAAGAAACGUGUCCAUUUACCCGAACUCAAACUGAAACACCCUGAAGAGACGGCCGGUACCAGCAUUCCGCACUGGUUCAGGCGCUUCAUGUACUCGUGCUAUUUGCCUAGCAGCAAAGUGCACGAUGCCUCUCAUGGCCGACCUCGCGAUCCUCCGCCCGGGAUGCCUACACGCGCGGAUCCUCGCAUCUCACCUUAUUACGCAUCGUCCAGCCACUUUCCACCUACCACCAUCAUCACCGGCUCCGUCGACGCACUGGCGCGAGAGGGCAAGGAACUGAUCGAGAGGCUGAAGGGCGACAAUGUUGACGCAGUGUAUUGGUCGGCAGAGGGCCAAGGGCAUAACUGGGACCAUGAGGUGAAGGAGGGCACAGGUCCCGAAAAGAUUAAAUGGGAAGCUUACGAGCUCGCCUGCAAACGUCUGCAGGACGUCUACGAUACAUGA